CCUCAAAUAAAUCCAUCCCAACCGCACGCGGGGCAACUACAACACCAAAACCUAAAAGCGGCCGAUGAUAAGCGCCGCGAGGCAGCAUGGAGGCAAAGCCGGAAACCAACCGAUCGAAGCCUGCCCGAUGGAGUCGAGGACAUCGUUAUCGGGGACGGCGCGCAACGCUAUAGGAGACUGAGGGAGGUGGAGCGCCAGCUGGAUGCGAUCAUGGUGCGCAAGAGGUUGGAGAUGAAUGAAGUGCCCCAUAAUGCCAAACGCUAUCGAACGAUGCGCAUUUGGGUCUCCAAUACCGCCGAGAAUCAACCCUGGCAGGACACCGCGAUGCAGGCCGACGCGUUCGAUUUUAGCAGUGAAAAUCAAGGAACGUAUCGUGUCAAGAUCGAAGGGAAGUUACUCGACGAGGAAGACGCAUUCGAAAGGGGGGAUGAGGAGGCCACGAACGACGAGAAGGAUCCCGAUGCCAUGGAUCAAGACACCGCGGCAAAGGCCUCCAAACCAAGAGCCCUACCACCUCCUUCUACUAAGACGAAGCUCUCCCAUUUCUUCCGACAGAUCGUCAUCGAGUUCGACCGGUCACGAUCCCUAAGCAACCCAGACAGCUUCGCCCAGAUUGAAUGGAAACGUCCCGAGAUUCCUCGAGGGAGCGCACCGACGCCCGAGAUGGGUCAGGCGGCCAACUUCGACUUCCUCGACUUCGAAAGGAAAGGCGAUGAGAAUGCCAACAUCAUCAUCAAGCUGUCGCGGGACGAGUUUCCGGAACGAUUCCGUCUCAGUGAUAAACUUGCUCGUCUAUUAGAUACCGACGAAGCAGAUCGUGGGGAGGUGAUGAUGGGCUUGUGGCAGUAUGUGAAAGCCAUGAAGUUGCCCGAAGAUGAAGAAUCGCGUAGAAUCCGCUGCGAUGCCGCACUGCAGUCGAUUUUCAAUACCGAAACUCUUUUCUUCCCCCACCUCGCCGACACCCUCCAAAAACACCUCAAGCCCCUCCCCCCCAUCGAACUCCGCUACACCAUCCGCGUCGAUGCCGCCUACAUCAACCAAAGCAGCCCGACCACCCCUCCCCCCGACGCAACCCCCUCCUCCACCCCCCAACCCGCCACCUACGGCAAAUACACUGUCUACGACAUCCCCGUCCCGAUGCCCUCCGUCAUGCGAAACGCCCCGCCUGUCCAUAGCAUCCCGACGCUCCAGCAGCUUGCCGCCCUCGACGACGCGCUGGCGGCCAACGUCCGCGCCAUCAACGAGUCGCGCCUCAAGCACGCCUUCUUCGACGCCAUGGCCGCCGAUCCGGUCGGGUUCGUCCGCCGCUGGAUCAGCAGCCAGACGCGGGAUCUGGAGAUUUUGAUGGGCGAGUUGCCUGGGUUUGGGGAGGAGGGGCGCGGGGAAGAGUGGAGAAGGGGGGGGGAGACGGGGGUGUGGGGGAGUCGAGAGGCGAGGGAGGGGGUGGGGUUGUGGGUGGCGAGGAGAGGGGGCGUUCAUUGA